AAAAUUGCAGUUAAUGUACGCAACUUCCUUUUUCAAUUUAACACAAAUUGUUGAAGGUUUUUAUUUUAUUUAAAAAAAAAAUAAAGUAAAAAUCUACCAUACUUCAUUUGCAUAAUAAUAUGGCACCAAAACAAAGAAUGCGUGUUGCUAAUGAGAAGCAUAGCCAAAAUGUCACAAUGAGAGGAAAUGUUCCAAAAACCAUGAACCCAAAAGAUGAAAAAUAUGCAGUUGGACCAUAUCUCUUAGGGCUAUUCCUUUUUGUUGUUUGUGGCUCAGCUGUUUUUCAAAUAAUACAGAGUAUUCGAUAUGGAAUGUAAUGUCGUCAAAAUUGGUUUAUAAAGAAAUUUUAAAAAUAUUUA